AUGGCCGAUGACAUCCCGAUGGACGUCUUGUCGUCGUCAGGCGCGUCCGACGCGAGCUCCUUCUGCUCGACCGGUCCAACGACGCCGGCUUCCAGCCCGCUGUUUCGUCCUUCGGGAUCGGACGAUCUGGCCGUGCUGACCCAGCUGGCGCACUUGCGGAGCAUAGAGAGCGUUGCCAGUGAACAUGUGAAGAGCGUCUGUGUUGUGGGCGCGGGAUAUGUUGGUGGGCCAACGGCAGCAGUUCUGGCGCUGCACCACCCGUCCAUCACAGUUGAGGUGCUAGAUCGUGAUCCGCAUCGAAUCCAGCAAUGGCAGUCGCCGCAUUUGCCAGUGCACGAGUCGGGCCUGGAAACGGUUGUUCGGAUUGUGCGAGACGGCGCCGACAUGACCGGUGACGAAGGGCUCACCGAUCCCCUUUCCAUUCAGAGACGCGGUCGGAAUCUGUUCUUUACCUGCGAUACUGCGGCUAUUGCGCGCGCAGAUAUUGUCUUCAUGGCUGUCAAUACCCCGACUAAGACUUUUGGUGUCGGUGCCGGCUGUGCUACUAACAUGACGGCCUUUGACUCCGCCAUGCGAGAGGUGGCUGCCCAUGCUAAGGCGGGUGCUAUCAUCGUGGAGAAGAGUACUGUGCCUGGGGGCACUGCGGAGAGGGUGCGAAAGAUGCUAAGCACGUACCGCCCCGGAGUGCCGUUUGAAGUUCUUUCAAACCCUGAAUUUCUCGCAGAAGGUUGCGCCAUUGACAACCUGACAGCUCCAGAUCGUGUGCUGAUCGGAUCAGCGGGGACUCCCUCUGGCCGUCGGGCUGCUCGCACACUCGCUAAUCUUUACGAGAGAUGGGUGCCACCAUCCAAGAUUCUUCAGACCAACUCAUGGUCAUCAGAGCUUGCCAAGCUAGUCGCAAAUGCCAUGCUUGCACAACGGAUCAGCAGCAUCAACUCGAUCAGCGCCAUUUGCGAGAAGACCGGCGCCGAGGUAGACCAGGUAGCGUAUGCUAUCGGGCUGGAUGCACGGAUCGGCCCUCAGUUUCUCAAGGCCGGCCUGGGAUUUGGAGGCUCAUGCUUCCGAAAGGAUAUUGCUAGUCUGGCCUACCUGGCCGAGUCUCUCGGCCUAGACGAUGUAGCCCACUAUUGGCGACAGGUCAACACGAUGAACGAGCGACAACGUGACCGGUUUUCCCGCAAAGUUAUCGACCGUUUUGAAAGCAAUUUAGUCGGCCGCAAACUCGCUAUUCUCGGGUUUGCGUUCAAAGAGAACACGGGCGACACACGAGAGUCGCUGGCAGUCGAUGUCAUCCGCCAGCUACUAGAAGAGCGGCCAGCGGAGAUUGCCAUUUUUGAUCCGUACUGCCGUCCCGAGGAUAUCCUGCGCGAAAUCAUGUCCGUCGCUCCAGAGGCAGUGCACCAUGAAGUGGUAAAGAUCUCGUCGGACCCGUAUCUGGCUUGCUCGCAGGCCCACGCGAUCCUCGUCGUCACAGACUGCGAUCAGUUCCGCAACACCCGGCCGAAAAAGAAGCGCGCAACAACACAGUCUGUUCUGUUCCCACAGAAGAGCCCAGCAUGGGCACCAGCACAUGGCCUACUAUGUCACGAAGCCACCCUAGAUCGCGAAACCUGGACACACGACGGCGUGUCGUACCAACUGAAUCCUCAAGACGCCUGUCCCCCGAACUGCAUCGACUGUCGCACCACAUGCGACCGCCCCAGCGUGACGGAACAAGUGGAAUGGACCCGCAUUGCCUACAAUAUGCUCGAGCCGCGAUGGGUCUUCGAUGGACGUGGACUGCUGGAUGCUGCCGAGUUGGAGAAGCUUGGGGUGCGGGUGGACACGGUCGGACGGCGAGCGGCAUAG